CUUUCCCCUCUCUCUUUUCUAAGCUUCAAAUAUUUCAGCCAAACUUUAAUUUCUUGCAAUUUCAACCCCCCUCCCCUGUUUUCUUCCUUGUAAAAAACAGAGCACUCUGUUUCCUUGUGAUGGUGAGUUUCAUUGAAGAAAGACAAAAGAUGGCGAACCAGAAUGCGGUGGUUCCUGCUGAAACAAUCAACAUGAUAACUGUGGCGGCGGCAGUAUCGCCUGCACAGAAGCCGCCUGUGGUGCCCGGCAGCGGCGGAUUUUUUCCUUUCCAGAAGAAAAAACUGUUGAAAAACCUCGAAAUCAAUGGCGGUGCCAGGCUUAAUUCUUGGGUUGACUCAAUGAGAGCGUCUUCACCAACCCAUCCUUCCCUUACUCAUGACCAAACUGCUUGGAUUCUUCAUCAUCCUUCUGCUCUGGAGAUGUUUGAGCAGAUAAUCGAUGCCUCAAAAGGGAAACAAAUAGUGAUGUUUUUAGACUAUGAUGGCACUCUUUCACCCAUAGUUGAAGACCCAGAUCGAGCUUUCAUGUCCAAGAAGAUGAGAAAGACGGUGAGAAAUCUCGCCAGAUGUUUUCCCACUGCCAUCGUCAGUGGCAGGUGCCGAGACAAGGUUUAUAACUUUGUCAAAUUGGCUGAGCUUUACUACGCUGGCAGCCAUGGCAUGGACAUUAAAGGUCCAGAGAAAAGCUCUAAUUACAAGAAGAACAGUGAAGCUGUUCUUUUUCAACCUGCAAGUGAAUUUCUCCCCAUGAUCGAUGAGGUCUAUAAACUCCUAGUCCAGAAGACAAAAUCCACAGAAGGAGCAAAAGUUGAACACAACAAAUUCUGUGUGUCUGUUCAUUUUCGUUGUGUUGAUGAAAAGAAAUGGAAUGAAUUGGCCCAGCAAGUGAGGUCAGUGUUGAAGGAGUAUCCCAAAUUGAGACUGAGCCAAGGGAGGAAGGUAUUAGAAAUUCGUCCUACGAUAAAAUGGGACAAAGGGAAAGCUCUUGAAUUUCUACUAGAAUCACUGGGAUUCGCUAAUUGCACAGAUGUCUUCCCUGUUUAUAUUGGAGAUGAUCGAACAGAUGAAGAUGCAUUUAAGAUAUUAAGAGACAGAGGGCAAGGUUUUGGAAUUCUUGUGUCAAAAUUUCCAAAGGAUACAAGUGCUUCUUAUUCUUUACAGGAGCCCGACGAGGUUAUGGAUUUUUUGGGAAGGUUGGUAGAGUGGAAGCAACACCAUUGAAGGCAAACUUGAAGAAAUUAAUAUAAAGAAAAGGGUAGAUAUUUAUAAAUAAAUAUAUAAAUUAAUCGUAAUCUUACACCCUUUUGAAAAUGUUUAAAAAGGGUUAGGAUUAUCGAUGAAAUUAUGUAAUUUCCUGUUCAUAAUUUAAAGGAAAAAUGAACAAGGAAGAGGGAAUUAGUAAAUUAAUAAUUAUUAUUGAUUAAUUAUGUCUUUUUUUUUUUUUUUUUAAGGCUUGAAGGCCUUGUACUUCUUGUAACUAGUUAUGUAGAAGGAUAUAAAUUAUAAAUUAUUGUAAUUUUUCUAUCUCAUUA